CACUGCUGUAAGAAAGCCCUUUAUGAGGUCAUCAUCCCCCACUUGCCAUCUCUCCCCAGAUGCAGACAUGCAGGCUUUUAAAAACAUUUGAGAAGCCACCAUGCGUCGCUUUGCAAGCCCUCUUUUAAGAAACGUCAUUAUCAGAAGUCAAUUUGAUGGCAUCAAGAGGAAGCAAUGCCUCCAGUAUCUGAAAACACUGAGAACACUGCAGUAUGAUGGAUUUAAGACUGUAUAUUUUGGGGAAACCAAUAUCUCAGAAAGUCUAGUAACUGGGGAAGAUAUUAGUGAUGGAUAUUUCAUACAAACCCCAACUUGGUGUAUUGUGCACGCUGCGGGUAGUCAAGGAUGGGUGCCUUGGAAAUAUCGGUUGUUCCUAAGAGAUGAGCUGUGUAUCAAACAAGAAGACAGCCUCUUCUCUGAGUUCUGUGAUGUGGUGAGGAAGGCCUAUGGAAAGUGUGUCAUCGUGGUCAAAGAGAGAAGACAGCAGGAAGAGCAGAGGCCAAAGGAAGACAGAGAGGCUGAGGGCCAGUUCUAUAUCCCUACAGUCAUUAACUUAGCAAGCAUUGCGUGUUGCCCAGAGGUGGCCAAGUCCUAUGGCCAUGAACUACUCUCUCUACCUUCCCCUUGUAAUUAUCUGAACCCUUUAGACUCAGCCUGGUCUUCUCUGAAAUGGUUUAUCAUCAAUAACAGAAAAGAGUUUUGUUUGCAGUCCAUUGACAGUGUCUAUUCUUACGAAUGUAUACUUUUCAGCAGUUUAAUUAGCAAAGGAAUUGAAAGGAUAAACCCAAGCAAGUGGAGAACAUUAACUAGCAAAGUACGGAGAUGGGAAAACUACUAUCUUGGGAAAUUUUCCUAAGGGCGAUUCCUCCAACAAGCAGUGAGGCUGCUACAUGUCUGGUCUUUACCGUCAACUCUGUUGAGAUGGAUUCUACACCACUGCAGCCAAAGAUACUUCAACAGCGACCCCACAGGGGCACUGCAAGAACUUGCUUGUUCCUAAGGAUGUUGGCAAGCACUUUGAGUUUACUAGAAGUUUCACUAAAAUGUAUUGGUAAGAUAGGGGUCUCGACUCUUA